ACUGCUACAACACCAAGGGCCACACCCACGAGAUGGUGAAGGUGGGGCUGGGCCCCGAUGAAGAGGCCGAGGGUGGCGAUGAGGGCGGCAACCAGGAGGAGCGCCGCUUGAGGAGCUUCCGGGAGUUGCGGCGCCAGGCGAUCCAGCGCUGCAUCCAGUCCCUGAGGCAUGCCCGCCAGUGCGGCAACGCCAACUGCCCGCAGGCGUCCUGCCAUAAGAUGAAGCGUGUCGUGGAGCACACCAAGGGCUGCGAGCGCAAGACCAAUGGAGGUUGUGGCGUGUGCAAGCAGUUCAUCGCCCUUUGCUGCUACCAUGCCAAACAAUGCCACGAAAGCCCAUGCCCCGUUCCCUACUGCCUCAACAUCAAGCAGAAGAUCCGCGAGCAGGAGUUACAGUACCGCCGGCAGCACGCCUAGCUCAUGCACCGGCGGGUGCCACCAUCCACAGCUGCAUGUGCCUCAGCAGCGCCUGCCUUCCCUCCUUCAGCACCACCCGCGCCC